AGCUCAUCAUUUUAAGGUGGAACGGCGAAUUUAAAGAAUCCGCUAUUAAAACAAUAACUUGAGCCUCGUGAGGGGAGGAGGGAUCAGUCAGUCAUUCAGUCAGGUGAGAAGAGACCAGAGGAGGAAAGGAGACGGGUGUCUUCUCAUAUUAACUGCAGAAUUCCUCUCAGGGUUUAAUGACUCUGUGCCCAGGACCAUGUUGUCGUUUGAAGAAGCUAAAGUGAAAUUAGAGUCCGCGGGUCAGAGCCACGUCCUGCGGUUCUGGCCUGAACUUUCGGCUGAGGAAAGGGGCGCGUUUCUGGCCGAGCUGCUUCAGCUGGAGCCCGCAGAGCUGCAGAGACACUGCCGGAGCGCCGUCGAGGCCGCGAGCCGAACGGAGGAGCGGCUGUGUGGGCGCAUGGAGCCGGUGGAGCCCGAGUUCAUCGGCGGGGUGCGGAGAAGUGAUCCGGGCUCACUGCAGGAGUGGGAGGAGGAAGGUUUUUCACAGAUCGCCCAAAACAAAGUAGCUGUGCUGCUGUUAGCUGGAGGACAAGGAACCAGACUCGGCGUUCCGUAUCCUAAAGGAAUGUACAACGUAGGGCUACCGAGUGGCAAAACUUUGUAUCAGAUCCAAGCAGAGCGGAUUCGGAAGGUGCAAGAGCUGGCCAAAGAGAAAUGUGGUUCCAAGUGUACAGUACCUUGGUAUAUAAUGACCAGUGAGUUCACUCUGGAGCCCACAGAGAAGUUCUUCAAAGAGAACAACUAUUUUGACCUGGACCCUUCCAACGUGGUGAUGUUUGAGCAGAGGAUGAUCCCAGCUGUCAGCUUUGAUGGGAAGCUUAUUCUGGAAAAGAAGAAUAAGAUAGCCAUGGCUCCAGACGGGAACGGAGGCCUUUAUCGUGCCCUUGUAGACAACAAGGUCUUAGAUGAUAUGGAGAGAAGGGGGGUGCAGUAUCUUCAUGUCUACUGUGUUGAUAACAUUCUGGUUAAACUGGCUGAUCCACUGUUCAUUGGCUUCUGUGUAAAGAAAGGAGCUGACUGUGGUGCUAAGGUGGUAGAGAAGGCGUAUCCAUCCGAGCCUGUGGGUGUAGUAUGUCGUGUAGAUGGUGUGUACCAAGUGGUGGAAUACAGCGAACUGGAGCCUGAGAUAGCAGAGCAGCGCCACCCCGGGGGAGAACUCGUGUACAACGCUGGAAACAUCUGCAAUCACUUCUUCACCAGAGACUUCCUUUGGGAGGUGGCCCUGAAUUUUCAGGAGCAAUUGAAGCAACAUGUAGCCAUCAAGAAAGUACCAUUUGUGGAUGAAGAGGGUAAACCUGUGAAACCUACAAAACCGAAUGGAAUAAAAAUGGAGAAGUUUGUCUUUGACGUCUUCCAGUUUUCAAAAAAAUUCGUUGCCUUUGAGGUUCUGAGGGAGGACGAGUUCUCACCACUGAAAAAUGCAGAUGGCGCUCCAGUUGACACUCCGACCACAGUGAGGCGCUCUCUGUUGGCUCAGCACUAUCACUGGGCAUUGCAAGCCAAGGCCAUUUUCCUGGAUGAGCAUGGCAACCCCAUCACUUCAGAAUACAGGGCGGCUCAGGAUGGUGAUCCUCCAGCAGUGUGUGAAAUCUCUCCACUUGUGUCUUAUUUUGGAGAGGGCCUGGAGAAGCUGCUCAAACACAGGAACCUGAAAUCUCCUUUUCUGCUUGAUGACAACAAUGUGAAGAGUUUCAUAGAUUCAUAGUUUAGAUGCUUUUCUGAUCUUUUUAUAUUCAGUCAAAUGACUUUGGAAUAAGGGAACUGAAACAUAAAACACUGCCUAAACAAGAGAUAUAUAUUUUUUAUAUACUCUGUGUUUAUAUGCAUUAUUAUUAUUAUUAUUAUUAUUAUUAUUAUUAUUAUUAUUAUUAUUAUUAUUAUCAUAAGUUUGAGAAAUAUGCUUCAUAUAUCAGAGAAAUCAACUGAAAUCAAACCAGUCUGACUUUAAUAAAUGAUCUAUUAUGCAUCA